UCUCUCUCUCUCUAGGCUUAUCGAUAUGAUAAUAAGGGCCUUAUAGCAUAGCGUAUAGCAUAGUACAGUACAGAAAGAUCAUCAGAGAUUUUUUUUAAAAAUAAAAAUAAACAGAACAGGACAAGGCAGUUGCACAGAUUUUUCCUUUUCCCCACCUACAUCAUCCAUCCUUAUGAUUUCCUCCUACUCUAAUCUUUCAGCAAUUCCCAUGAACCAAACGUACACCCCUACCAUCUCUCCUAUAAUAUAACCUUCAAAUUCCACAAUUUGUCAAUUUCAUUAUGCAUAAUGUGUUGUAUUUUCUUUGAGUGAAAAAACUUGAAAAAAUUAGUGCUAUACAAGUUCUUUCGUGUUUUAGUAGUUUUUUUUUUCCGAUGGAGAACUAUCAUCAGAUGCAGUUUGAUUGCGGUGAUCCGCAUUUGCCACCGGGUUUUCGGUUUCAUCCGACUGAUGAAGAGCUUAUUACUUACUACUUACUGAAGAAGGUUCUCGACUGUAACUUUACUGCGAGAGCUAUUGCUGAAGUUGAUCUUAACAAAUGCGAACCUUGGGAACUUCCUGGGAAAGCUAAGAUGGGAGAAAAGGAAUGGUACUUCUUCAGCUUACGUGAUCGGAAAUAUCCAACAGGGCUGAGGACUAACAGAGCUACUGAGGCGGGUUACUGGAAAGCUACUGGAAAAGAUAGAGAGAUUUUCAGCUCAAAAACAUGUGCACUUGUUGGUAUGAAGAAAACCCUAGUUUUCUAUCGAGGUAGAGCUCCAAAAGGAGAAAAAAGUAACUGGGUUAUGCACGAAUAUCGUCUUGAUGGCAAGUUUUCCUAUCACUAUAUCUCCAGGAGUUCUAAGGACGAGUGGGUGAUCUCGCGGGUCUUUCAAAAGACUACUGGUUCUACAGGUACUGCAGCCACUUCAACUGGUGGUGGCAAAAAAAGGUUAAGUUCAAGCAUCAAUAUGUACCAGGAAGUAAGUUCACCGUCUUCCGUCUCUCACCUUCCGCCGCUCCUUGAUUCCUCCCCAUACAGCACCACUGCCACUUCAGCAGCAGCAGUCGUCAUCACUGAUCGCGAUCAUCAUAGCUUCAAAAAGGAGCACGUGCCCUGUUUCUCCACAAAUGCCACUGCCACAACAACUUUCGACCCAACUUCUGUCUUUGACAUUUCGUCGAACACCUUGCAUGCACUACAUUCAACUCCCAAUUUUAGUUCUAUCUUGGACUCUUCUCUAACUAAUUUCUCCAACUACACAAGGAGCUCGAAUUUCCCAAGCUUAAGGUCCCUCCAUGACAACCUCCAGCUUCCGUUUUACUCCGGCGGAACUUCCACCAUGCACGGUGGAUUUUCUAAUCCGAUGAGUAAUUGGACGGUACCGGAGACUCAGAAAGUGGAACAGUCUGAACUUGAUUGUAUGUGGAGUUACUGAGUUAGCAGGUGUUUAAUUUUAAUUAAGAAGCUAAUUUAGUAAUUAGUUUAUUAAUGUUUAAUUUCCUUUUGGUUCAGUAAGUAAGGAAUGUACUGUGUGUCAGCUUUAUUAGUAUUGUCAUUUGUUGUUAACGUUCGGUGUAAUUUAAUGAAUUUUAUUAUUUCUUGUC